AUGGAGCGCAGCUCUUUCCGCGAGAGUUGGCUUGAGACGGGCGAGGAACUUCGCUGCGUGGAUCGAUGGCAACAGCUUCGGUGGCAGUUUCAGGCUUGGUUUCGUGAGACCACGGAUCCCGUGGUCUUACAAAGCCCCUGGCUGCGGCGGAGCACGGGAAAGGCACUCUGUGUUUGUUGGAUGUGUGCCCACUUUGUCACGUGGAGCUUGGAAUUGAUGAGGAGUCUGACACAUCCACGAUUCAGGGAGUGGGGUUAUUUCAGUAUGUAUGACUCCAUUUGGUGCAUGAUCGGGCUGUGCCUUUCGGCCUUGAUCGCUGCCACAGCAGCACUUAGUCGUCGAGAGACUUUGAGGUUGAGUCUGCUGGUUGCAGCAGGGAUUAGUUGGAGCCACGUGCUUCUGCGCUUCAGAUGGCUCGGUAAACAAACUGUGGGCGAUGACACGCUCAUGCUCAAUAACUUUGUGAUCUUGACCCAUUGCAAUAUGCAUCCCCUUGGGCUUCUUUUGGCUGUGAUCCUGAGCUUCGGCAUGCUGCUGCCGCCCAUUCUCCAGCUCCAGGACCGGAGACCGCGACAAGGUCGCGACAAGGUCGCGGGACCGCGACAGACGGAGCCCAGACGUGUUUCGGAGCGGUGA